CUCCGUUUCGCAGACAGCUCGCAAUAUGAACAAUCUCUUUCUGAUUUUGAUCACCGUGCUAAGUCUGGCUAAAGCUCAAAACGAUUCGACAACUGACUGCGCGUCUCUUGAUUUUAAGAGUUUGCCGAAAACUUGUUGCAACCAGCCGUACGGUGACCUCUUUCCUUCAAGCAAACUAAGCGGCUUUAAAGAAUGUAAGUCCACUUCAGCUCUGCUGGACUGGGCCAACAGCUACAAAUUAAACAGUCUGCAGUCCAAGGACAUUAAAAACUUCAUAGAUGAAAAAUCGAAAUCAUUCACUUCCACGAUUUGCGCACCCGCCAUCUUCAUGAACUGCCUUUUUAAAGCCAAUAAUUUUGUGAAUACAACCGGCUACAUUGAUAUAGAAAGUUUGAGAAACUUCUUAGAGACAAAUGCACCGAACGACACUUGGAAAAACAUCGUUACCUCGACUCUCGAGCCAAUGGACCCCUCAAGCAGUACUGCUUAUUUGUUCACUGACAUCGUCGAGGACAACUUUGAAAAGGUCAUCUGUCCAUCUGAAACAGUCAACAUGCUGCCACUCAUCAUGACCCAAAUGCUGCAAAGCGAGUUCGUCUGGAUGUGUCCCAAACAAAAUCUUUACACAACUACAAACAAGUGCAGCGUUACGAUGAAGAAUUUCCAGUACUGUGAUGGAAAAGUGUAUUCCAAUACUGCUAAAGGAAUUUUCUUUUUCCCUUAUGUGUGAAAACGGCAGAAACUAACGUCUGAAACACGAGAGAAAAUAAAAUUUUAUCCAAUCAGAA